AUGCAUGGAUUGUAUGAUAGUUCAGAUGCUUGGAUUUUGAGCGGUCCAAAAAAUGGUCUGGCUUAUAUUCUUGCUGAUAAUUGUUACGACGUUUGGGUGCCUAAUACCAGAGGGAACAGAUAUUCCAGAAAGCACGUUUUUUUGGAUCCCGAUAAAGAUAUGGAAUACUGGAACUUUUCAUUCGACGAGCUUGGAAAUUUUGAUGUUCCUGCAAUUAUUGACUACAUACUUAAUGUAACUGGUGAAAUGAAACUAUUCUAUAUUGGACAUUCUCAAGGUACGACUAACUUUUUUAUCAUGGCAUCAUUACGACCGGAAUAUAACAGAAAGAUCUAUCUCUCAAUUCAACUAGCACCAAUUGCUUAUUUUAAAUAUUUCAACAGCCCCAUUUUGAAGGUUAUUGCUGAAUUUUCACCAUUGCUAAAAACAUACCUUGAUACUCUUGGAGUCGGUGAGCUACUAGCAAGACGUCAACUUAUACAUAUACUGAUCGAAUACAUUUGUCAGAUGACACCAGAGAUUUGUGGCAUUGCAUUAGGCCUGACUACGGGUUUAGUAAAGAAUACAAUAUCGUCAAAUACACUUUCUGUUGUUUCUGGACAUCUGCCUGUCGGUGUGUCAGCGAAAACAUUAGCUCACUUUGGACAGCUCAUAUUAUCAAAGAAAUUUAAUCGUUAUGACGAAGGUAAAAUUGGCAAUAUCAAAAGAUAUGGUACAGAAAAAACUCCGGAGUAUAACGUUACAAGUAUUACAUCACCAGUGGUAUUAAUUUGCAGUCAGAAUGACUGGGUGUCAUCACUGAAAGAUGCUAAUGAACUGAGUUCAAGACUAGGAAACUUGGUAGAGACGUAUGUUGUACCUAACAACUAUUGGAGUCAUAAUAACCAUUUAUGGGACAAAAAUGCACGUAAAUUAGUAUUUAAGAAAAUACUCGAUUAUUUCGAUAGAUACAGAAACAAGAAGAGCUAA